GGAUCACGUGCUCAGACAAGCACUCCUGAGAGACAGGAAGGAGGGUUGGGAGGAGAGGAGCCCAAGUCCACAACCCUAUAAAUGCACAGCUAGUCUGCAGCAAACGCCCUGCACCGUCACUCUGAAUCUCUUCUGCAUCAAAGACCAGCACAAUGUCCUCAUCAGCGUGUCCCAAAGCCCACGGUCAAGAGCGGCCCUCCAGCUCCGACCAUCCUCCCUGGAACAACUCUUCCUCAGACACCAUGCCAUCUCUGUUUCUAGGGACAGCGAUUCAGUGACACAACGUGAGCAGCAGAGCCACGGGAUGAGGUCCCAGACAGCAGACCCGAGGAACAGCAGCACAGUGACUGAGUUCAUCCUCGUGGGCUUUGAGCAGAGCUCCCCUUCCACCCGGGCAUUGCUCUUCACCCUCUUCCUGGCUCUCUACAGCCUCGCCAUGGCCAUGAAUGGCCUCAUCAUCUUCAUCACGUGGACUGACCCCAGGCUCAACAGCCCCAUGUACUUCUUCCUUGGACACCUGUCUUUCCUGGACAUCUGCUUCAUCACCACCACCAUCCCACAGAUGUUGCUCCACCUGGUGACCAAGAAUCACACUGUCUCCUUUGUCUCUUGCAUGACCCAGAUGUACUUGGUCUUUCUAGUGGGUGUGGCAGAGUGCAUCCUCUUGGCUUUCAUGGCCUAUGAUCGUUAUGUCGCCAUCUGCCACCCACUGAACUAUGCCCAAAUCAUGAGCCAGAAGGUGUGUGUCAGGCUGGUAUGUUCGUCCUGGAUCUUUGGGAUGGUCAAUGGCAUCUUUCUUGAGUAUAUGUCAUUCAGGAAUCCCUUCUGCAAAGACAACCACAUUGAAAACUUCUUCUGUGAGGCUCCCAUAGUGAUUGCCCUCUCCUGCGGGGAUCCCGAGUUCAGCAUGAAGUUGAUCUUUAUGGAUGCCAUUGUUGUGUUGCUCAGUCCCAUGAUGCUCAUCAUCACUUCCUAUGCCCGCAUCCUGGCCUCCAUCCUCCACAGGGCCUCCUCCUCAGGCCAUGGGAAGACUUUUUCCACUUGUGCCUCCCACCUGACCGUGGUCGUCUUUUUCUACACCUCAGCCAUGUUCUCUUACAUGAAUCCCCGCAGUACGCAUGGGCCUGACAAAGACAAGCCUUUCUCCCUCCUCUACACCAUCAUCACCCCCAUGUGUAACCCCAUCAUCUACAGCUUCCGCAACAAGGAAAUGAAGGGGGCCAUGGGGCGGGCUCUUGGGAGAGGCAGCCUGGCUCAGGCAGAGUCUGUCUAGGAGGAAGAGCCAUAUGGAAGAAGUUCCCUCCCCUGGACAGUGAAGAGUAACUCCUCCCUGGCCUCACCAUGUCAGCCAGAGUCCAGGAAUGAGCAUUCAUUGCCACCUUAGCAUUGGACUCAAGAUGAAAUUUCUUUUGUGUCUGUGGUGGUUUGAACAUGCUGGGCCCAUGGGAAGUGUCACUAUUGGGAGGUGUGGCCUUAUUGGAGGUCGUGUGUCACUGUGUGGGCAGGCUUUGUGGUCUCCUGGUACUUAAGCUCUGCCCUGAGUGGAAGAGAGUCCCCUCCCAAUUGCCUAGUCCUCCUGACUGCCUUCAGAUCAAGAUGUAGAACUCUCAGGUCCUCCAACACCAUGUCUGAAUGCACUCUGCCAUGCUUCCUGUCACAGCGAUAAUGGACUGAACCUCUGAACCUGUAAGCCAGCCCCAAUUAAAUAUUGUCCUCU